AUCAAACGCUUGGCGAGGUGGAAUUUCCCAGGUUACAGCACAGACUACUUCCGCAAUAGAUGUCUGAGCAGGAGACGAGAGGCCACUCAAGCUGAAAGUUUAGAGCACCAUGUCUAGUAAGUGAAGCAGUGGCGAUGGAAGGGAAAGGCCCAUACCGCAUCUAUGAUCCAGGUGGGAGUGAGGUCAAGGCCAGAGAGGAGCCCGGAGGGGGAAGCAGUUACCGACAGCUACUGGAGGAGAACAGCAUAUUGAGGGAGAGGAUGAAGGGACUAAAGAGCUUAGGUGACUUGCUGGAGGAGUCUCAGUCAGAGGCAUCAAGGCUUCGUCAGAGAGUGGAGGAGCUGGUGAGAGACAACGAGGCUCUCAAGUCCUCCAGCUUUGCCACCAGUUUGUGUAUGGGAGGGCCUGUUCAAACUGAGCCGCAAAGUCAAGGUAAGCCCCAUGGGCAUCCCAGCACAGACCAGAAGGAGGAGCAGCCAAACUCUUCAGGGAAGGCCCUCCAGCCUGAGAAGCCCAGCGAGGCCUUUUCGGAGUUUGAGGUGGUGAACAUGGAGGAGAAGACUUCAGAAGCACAGACUGCAGGGUCGGUGGCCGGAGCAGGAAUAAUCCCCCUCCUGCCUCAGGAGAACAUGGAGCUAGCGAGCCAGCUGCAGAGACUAGAGAGCUCCUUCAGCAUCUUUGCAGAGGAAUCCAACCCAAACCAGCUGCUGGCUCACCUUGGCCGCAUGGCUGUGGAGUUCCACCACCUGUCCUCCAAGGUCCAGAAGAAUGAGCAGCGGACCUCCCUCCUACAGACUCUCUGCGAACAGCUCAGACAAGAAAACAACGAGCUUAGAAAGAAAAUGGAAGAGGACCAUCAGUUCAGGAAUCGAGACUUGGAACAGCUCAGACUGGAGAAUCAGAAACUAAAAGAGCUAGUUACAGGAGGAGCAGCAGCAACAGCAGCAGCAGCAGCUGACAGUGAACCUCCAGAGGCCAAAGACGAGCCAGUCAAAGAGGAAUCUGCCAUCGUAAGAUCCAAGAUGGAGGUUACCACACCACAGAAGACUGGAAAAGCGGCAGAAAAAAACCCAGCAAAGCCUUGUGACCUAGAGGUGUAUGAAAAGAAGAUCAAGCUUUUGGAGAAACAGAGAAAGGAUGUACUGGAGGUGAACAAGCAGUGGGACAUUCAGUGGAACUCCAUGAAGUCACAGUUUGAACAGAAGAUCACAGACCUCAGGCAGCGGCUGGCUGACUCCCAGAAGGCCGUGCUAGAGCUAGAGGCAGAGCGAGAACAGAGGCAGCGGGACUAUGACAAGAAGCUGCUGCUGGCCAAGUCCAAGAUUGAGAACGUACAGGGGGAGAAGGAGUGUCUGAACUCUGAGACCACUGAGCUGAAGCAGAAGAUUCGCUACCUGCAGGACCAGCUGCUGCCCCUCAGCAAACAGAGGGAGUACCAGGAGAAGGAGAUCCAACGCCUCAACAGGGCUCUAGAGGAGGCUCUGAACCUGCACUCCCCUUCAUCCUCCCAACAGCCACCUGGCCAGGGUAACCAUGGCGAUGCAGCCAGCAACCUGAAGAAGCAGGAGUUGCUCACUCAGAUUGCAGUAUUAAAGGAGCAGGUGAAGAUCUUUGAGGAGGACUUCAGAAAAGAGAGGAGCGACAGGGAGAGAAUGAAUGAGGAAAAAGAGGACUUGAGGCGGCAAGUUGAGAGACUACAGGGUCAGAUGACUAAUUUGACCAAUCAGCUCCAUCAGGCACAGAACGAGUGUCAGAGGGAACGUACAGAGAGAUGUAAGCUGGAGAGACUCCAGAUGCAGCACCAUAAACAGGGGCAGCAACAGGAAAGACGUACCUCAGACCCCACGUCAGGCUCAGUGAACGGCCCGCUGAGCCCUCCCUACUGUGGUCCCUUUGUGCAGGUGGGACCGCAGGGCCUGGAGGGCUGGCCCAUACACUUCCCUCCCCGGAUGCCCAAUGCAGCAGGCACAGCAGCUGCCGCAGUACCGCCACCGGGACGCGACUUCCAGCCUGUUACCCCGGGUUUUCCUUGGCAGUCGUCAUUCCCACAGCCCAGAGGGGCCAGAGCAGCAGGGGAGGGUUCAAGACCACCACCAGAGAACGCAGAUCAUUCCACAGCAACAGGAUUUGGAAAAAGGGAGCGGCAGAACAUUGAUCCUGGAAAGCACUAAAAGCAUUCCACCUAAUGGAACUUGGGUAGUAGCAUGAAUCAGUUUGUUUUAGUUGACAAGGUGUGAUUUGAUCUAUAAUUUUCCUACUGAACUGUAGAUAUCCUAUUGUAAUGUUGUUUAUACUUGCGUUUUAUAAGCCUAUUUGUGAAACACUUCGCUAUUCUGAAUAUAUACAUGAUAUAUUAUUUAGAUUUUUUUAUCUAUUAUUUUUGAGACUCAAUCUGCUUCAUAUGAUUCUAUGCAGGAACUGAAGUCAUUUGUUAAAUAGGUUGGAAUAAUCAGCAUUGUUUUUCUUUUCUUUUUUUCCCCCCAAGACAAUAUACCUAUGUGAUUGUCUCUCUGCAAAUAUGUAACAGCCUGACAUACUUGUAUGUUACUUGUAGGGUUAAAGGAAGCCAUUCCCCAAUAUGAAUAAGACUGCAUAUAUUCAUUCCAACAAUGAAUGAUUAUAUAGGUACAUUGAAUCAUAGAAAUUAUAAUGUGAAUGUUAAUUCAUUUAUGAAGAUUUCUUCAGUACCAUCAAUGUUAUAGAACUGUCCCAUAUGUGUAACUGUUCAAAAGUGGUUGUUGAAAUACUAAAAUUUUGGGAAAUUAAUUUUGAUGGUAUCAUGCCAAAAACAUGAUUGUGAUUAUUGAUAAUUUAUUUAUAAUCUACUGUUUUGAUAGUUGCAUUGACUAAGUGUAAAUCAUUGUCUUUAGUAAUGCUGUUCUUUCUAUGUUGUUAGUGUAAUCCCAAUAUAUUGUAGCUAUUGACAUUGUAUGUUUGUAUCAGACACAAUACACGACGCACAGCACAUACACACAAACUAUUUUUUUCACUAUGAUGGACCUGAUCUCAUUAAACACAACACUUUUACUUGACCACAAUUGAUUUGAUGAUUUGAUCGCUCAUUCCAGUAUUCAUACUCAUCUUUCAGUACCUGUACUGCUGCCCACAAGUUAGCCCCAACAUAAACAUAGGUUUGAGUUCACUCUUUAACUGCAGUACCAAAUCUUAGACCCAGCAUCGACAGCUGGCUUCCUCUCCUCAUCUUUAAAGGCCUGUUACAUCAUGUUGAAUGACAUAAUUAGUAAAUUGUAAUCAUUGCACCUAUUAGACCUAGUUGGGAAACAUCUGCAUUUUGUCAAAGAAGUGAGAAGAGGAAGUCUUUUCUUUUUUGAGCCCCUUGACUCAGUGUUGCAGCAGUACUGCCACCCCUCAGAGAAAACCUCUGCCAGGAUGUCUGGCUUUGCUUUCUAUCCACCUCAACAACCAGCAACUCAUGCCUUGCCGACUAACCUGUGAACUGCUGUAACACAAAGUCAAGAGCCUGCGUAACCUCAGACAAUAGAGCCACCCCUCCAGAUAAUGUGUGACUGUUUUGAUGGUCUCACGAUGUAUCUCCUUUGAAUCAAGUCACUGUUUAACUGAAAACCCUUAAAGAUUUCCCUAAUGUGUAUUUCAGACCAUCAGAUGGAGAGCUUCACGAUGCAGACAAACAAGCCUCCAUUUGAACCAACAAGUUAUCAACUUACAGGGAACAAAAUCCUGAUUGAUGAGAGCUGAAAUGAGACAUUAGCUGAAUUGCACUUUGAAAGGUAUGCUGUAAUUACUCGCAGUUGUAUUUUCUUGGUUUGUAGCCUAGUUUUUCUUUUUUGCUGUAGGCAAAAGCACAUCUUAUGUGAGACUUUUUGUAUUUGACUGGCUUAAUAAAUCUAUUCUAAAUGUC